AUGCCAAACAAGAAAAAGGCUCAGGCGAAAUCAAACAUUUCAAGUUCCAGUAAUAACGAUGUUUCUGAGGAAAAUCCAGUUACUUCUAGUUCCUCCUCGGUGCCUCCUGAAGAUGCUGCGAAAUUCAAUGAAUCUGAUUUGAUCAAACAACUCACGAAUGUCAUGCUCACAGCUCCACGCGAAAUUUCCAGCAUGCCUGUGUCAAAACCCGUAAAAAAAUCAAAAGAGGACUACAAAUUUUGGAAAACUCAGCCUGUUCCAGAUCUAGGCGAAAAGAUAUCCGGAAAUGAGGCGAUUGAACCUGAUCAACCAGUUUCUGAAAUUCGAGUAGAACCCUAUGCUCUCCCGGCUGGUUUUGAAUGGUCUGAUUUAGAUCUAAAUUCUAACGAACUUGAUGAAUUAUACACCCUUUUGAAUGAAAACUACGUUGAAGAUGAUGAUCACAUUUUCCGGUUUUCUUACGCUCGCGAAUUUCUUAAAUGGACCAUGCAACCACCAGGCUGGCGACCCGAGUGGCACGUUAGCGUUCGUGUCUCUAAAAAUAAGAAACUCGUUGGCUUCAUUGCUGGAAUGCCUUGUGAUGUUCGUGUCUAUGACAAUUUUGAUAAGUGCUAUUAUCGUGAUUGUGACUGUAGUGGUAUUUUUCGAAUGAACCUCAUCAAUUCUUUUAAAUUUCUUUGCAUUAGAGUAAGAAAGAUGGUUGAAAUCAACUUCCUCUGCGUUCACAAGAAGCUACGUGACAAACGAAUGGCUCCUGUUCUGAUUAGAGAGAUUACGCGACGUGUCAAUCUCCAUGCCAUCUUUCAGGCUGUCUACACAAGUGGUGUUGUUCUUCCUCGACCCGUCGGUACAUGCAGGUAUUGGCACCGUCCCCUGAACCCACGAAAACUCGUGGAUGUGGGCUUCUCGCAUCUAACGCGUACAAUGACUCUGCAACGGGCGAUCAAGUUAUACCGUCUUCCGGAGGAGAACUCCUUACCCGGCUUCCGUGUUCUAGAGGCCCGGGAUCUGCCUGCCUGUCGGAAACUUCUCUCCGAUUAUCUCGAAAGACAAUCCAAGCUCUGUCCUAUCUUCUCCGAAGAGGAAUUUGGGCAUUGGUUCCUGCCACGAGAUGGCGUAGUGCACAGCUAUGUAGUGGAGGCCGAGGACAGCGGUCAAAUUACCGAUAUGGUGUCAUUCUACUCGUUGCCAAGUUCGGUGAUGCAGCAUCCACGCCACAGUUUACUUCGUGCCGCCUACUCCUUCUACAACGUCGCCACAGCCACUCCCUGGAGCACUCUCAUGAAGGAGGCUCUCAUUGUUGCCAAAAACUUUGGCAUCGGCGAUGGAAACUUACACUACUACCUCUACAACUGGCGGUGUCCAACUCUUAAACCGGAAGAGGUUGGUGUUGUCUUGCAGUAG